AUGUUACAUUGCAGAAGCUGCCAGGUCAAGCUUUUCGAGCCCGAACGGGAAGCUGAGAUGGCGCUCCACUACUUGGAGAGCAUUGAGGGUUCGCAGCUUCUCCUGCAGCUCUUCCGCGUUCUUCUGAAGAACACUCUGCAGGACUUGAGUACGCAACUUGUGCCGAAAGCGACCGAGACUGCUUGUCCCCACUUGCGAAUGCUGCGCGACAGGGUGAUGUCGGCGGCUGUCUCUGCAUUCAGCUGGAGAGGAAGCAGCCAGGCAUCGGGCGGAUCGAGCUCGUCUGCGCACCAGUUGGAUGGUGCUGAAGUCGAUGCUGAGGCCGCUUUGGUCGGAGAGUCCGCAGAGUUUCCAGGGGAGGAGCAACUGCAGACCAUCUUGGCCGCCUUGGAGGUCUUCGAGUCCUCGAUCU